AUGGCCAAAUGGAUCGGUGGAGCCCGAUCUGAACAGGGGAAAUGGCCGGAAAUUGGCAAAUAUAUCGAUUUGAUCCAGAGGAACCCGAUCUGCACAGGGUCGAUUUUCACUGGGGUCGAAUUGUUUGCGCUCGUUAUGCUCUAUACGCGAAUGACGGCGCUCAGCGCUAAGCAAUGGGGCAAAGGUGUUGGUCAAGUGUCGGUUGGGAAGGAAGGGUUGUUGAGAGAUGUUUGGUGGAUGUUGAGAUUGAUCACGCUGUUGCCUCUUCUAGAAGCGGGGUUUGAAUGGACUUGUCGAAAUUUCACGAACCACGGUUGCCAAGUCGUUGCUGAUUUGGAUUGCCUGGAAAAUGUCUGGGAAUCAAAAGCCGCCAGGCGAUCAGGCACAUUCAGUGAUGUGCCGGUCAUUGACUAG